AUGAAAGAGAAUUUUUACAAUAAAAAAAAGUUAAAAUAUUUAAAUAUGAUUCGUGGCGAUAAGCCGAUUAGAAAUUCCCAUGCAGAGAUUAUUAAGCCAGCAGAGUUUCAAAAAACAAAAGCCCAGACUGGUAGAAUACAUCCUGAUAGAAAAUGGUUUAGAGCCAGCAAGACCGUGUCACAAUUAGAUCUAGAAAAGUUUAGAGAAGCUUCUAAGAUAGAAACACCAUAUAAUGUUUUGUUAAAAACCGGAAAUGUUCCAUAUUCUCUUCUUACAGAAAACACUAAAAAGAAAACAACUGUAGAUUUUGACAGUGUUUUUGGUAAAAAUGCCAUUAGGAAGAAACCCAAAUUACUGGUAAGUUCAUUAUCAGAAAUGGUUAAAAGAAGAGAAGAAGACAGUAAAGAGAAAAAAGAAAUAAAAAAAGAAAGUGUUAAGGGUCAAAGUACUAGAAUAUGGAAGGAGUUAUAUAAAGUUUUAGAUAGUAGUGAUGUUAUAAUACAUGUGUUAGAUGCAAGGGAUCCACUCGGUGCAAUGUGUGAGAAAAUUUCUACAUACAUUAAAGAAGAAGCACCUCAUAAGCAUUUGAUCUAUUUAUUAAAUAAAGUAGAUUUAGUGCCUACUGGUAUAACUGCUAAGUGGUUAAAAUAUUUUUCGACUAAACAUACUACAUUGGCUUACCAUGCGCAUUCAUUAGAAAAUAAUUUUGGUAAAAAUAAUUUAAUAAACAUUUUAAGACAACUUGACAAUUUAUACAAUAAGAAACAUACUAGUGUGGGGUUUGUAGGAUAUCCUAAUAGUGGUAAAAGUAGUAUAAUAAACACUUUACGGAAUAAACAGGUGUGUAAUGUAGCACCAGUCCCGGGAGAAACAAAAGUUUGGCAGUAUAUUACGCUUACAAGGAGCAUUUAUCUUAUAGACUGUCCUGGUGUAGUUCCAAUUCCUGAUUUUGAACAAGCUGUGUUUAAAGGUGCUAUUCGAGUAGAAAAUUUAGAAAAUCCUGAAUAUUAUGUAGAAAUACUAGCAAAUAAAUAUAAAACAGAAAUAUCUAAACUUUAUAAAAUAGAUUUUAGAGAUGUUGAUGAUCUAUUUGAAAAAUUUUCUUUAAAAUAUGGUAAAAUAACAAAAGGGAAUAGGCCUUAUAUAGAUUUGAUUAGCAAGACAAUUUUACAUGAUUGGAAUAGAGGAAAGAUUCCUUAUUUCAAUUUACCGCCUGAUAAUUAA